CCGUAAUUCUCGUUGCCCCUCAGUUCUGGAACAGAGGGGCACGGAAGAACAGUAGAACAGAGGGGCACAGAGCUCUGGGGGACAAAUGUGACGUCGAGUACCCUGCGUCCCGGAUCCCUUGACUGGGUGCGUCAUGGGUCAUGGUCGGCUUCUGUCGAAGUACGGUACUGUGUACGUGCCCAAUAGUGAGUACACAAUGCUAGGUACCUUGUGUAGUACAGAGCCAGCGCUGCUUCGGUUCGCGGCUCAAGUAGGGCUACUUUCUCUCCGGUUCUGAGAUGCGCCUAGCUCUUGACGCCCUUUCGCUCGGCGUGUGUGCCCGAAUGCGUCUUGUCGCCGACCUUUUUCAAGACUCGAGCUUUCAGUUCGCCUGCAUGGCUUCACCUUCGCCGUUGGAAAGCGCCGCCCCAUCCCUGUGUUCGCGGCGAGACGCCCUCUGCCGCUGCAUCGCAGAGGGAAGAACAUGGAGCUCCAAACCGGCUCCCAGGCAAGAUCACCCAGCACCAUGACGCUCAGCUUCCCCAUCAUCUUCCUUCUCUCCACCAAUCUCGGGUCGGAGGAGCUCCAGCGCCUGGAGGAGCAGAUACCCACGCUCACGUACGAUAUCAACGAAGCCGAAAUCGUGCUGGGAAAGGUGUUUCGCAAGGAGCGCGCCCUGUUCGAGCUCAGGAAACACAAGCUCGCCACCGAGGAAGUCGACCCGCUAGAGCGCUCUGCUCCUGCAUCCCCGAAUCCGAAACGGGCCAAGCUGAUGACGCCUGCGCCGGCAAGCUCCGACAUCGACUCGGAUACGGCCUCCGAAGGCGAGAUUCAGCGACGCCUAGCAGGGCCUUCUCCCGCCGAGCCGACUGUCAGGGUGGUGAAGCUUGCCUGGUUCACCGACUCGGUCAAGACAGGGGUAGUGCUCCCGACAGAUGACUACCUCGUCUACGAAGGCCGCAAGGUUCCCCCCACAGCGCCCGCGAAGGCGCCGCAGCCUCGGCCUGCUGAGAAGGUGGCAGAAGUCAUGAAGCGCGCCCUUGCGGAUGCAAGCUCUUCACCAAGGAGUCCGCAACCAAGACCGUCCCACGGGAGGCGGGGCGAGACCUACGCCAGCCACCCCGUCAGGCCUUUGCUCAGGCAGACUACUUCAGAGCACGACAUGGACACGCAGUUGCCGCCGAUACCAGACUAUCUUCAUACUCCGUAUUCGUGCCAACGCCCUACCCCUGUUCAUCCGCCAAACGAGGCCUUCAUGGCGGAGCUCGAUAAGAUCAAGACAGCCAGGACCUUGACUGGAGAUAAGAUAGGGGUAAGGGCCUACUCAAGUGCCAUCGCCACCAUUGCCGCCUAUCCGUAUACCAUUCAGACGGCACAAGAAGUCGCUAGACUACCCGGCUGUGGCAGCAAAAUUGCCCGCCUGUUCCAAGAGUUCAAGGACACGGGCCAGAUCAGGGAGGCAAGGGAGGACGAAACGGACCCCAAGCUCGCCGUGCUGAAGCUGUUCUACGGCAUCUGGGGCGUCGCCGAGACGACGGCGCGCGACUUCUACAACCGAGGCUGGCGCGACCUCGACGACAUCGUCGAGUACGGCUGGGAUUCCCUCACCAGGGUGCAGCAGAUCGGCGUCAAAUACUACGACGAAUUCCAGACCAAGAUCCCGCGCGCCGAGGUCGAGGCCAUCGCCAACACCAUCCUCGAGCACGCCAACAGGAUCCGGCAGGGCUUCCAGAUGGUCAUCGUGGGCGGCUACCGGCGGGGCAAGCUGGAGAGCGGCGACGUGGACGUGGUGCUGAGCCACCCGGACGAGGCGGCGACGCACAACUUUGUCGAGCGCAUCGUCGUCAGCCUCGAGCGCGGCCGCUACAUCACGCACACACUCUCCCUCAGCACGGCCAAUUCGGAGCGCGGCCAGGCGCCCGUCAGCUGGAAGGGCGACAACAGGAAGGCCGGCACGGGCUUCGACACGCUCGACAAGGCGCUGGUCGUGUGGCAGGACCCCGUCUGGACGACGGGCGAGGCCCGGAACCCCAACCCGCACCGCCGGGUCGACAUCAUCAUCAGCCCGUGGAAGACGGCCGGCUGCGCCGUGCUGGGGUGGACGAGCGGCACGACGUUCCAGCGGGAUCUGAGGCGGUACUGCAAGAAGGAGCUCUCGCUCAAGUUCGACAGCAGCGGGGUGCGCAGCCGGAAGGACGGGUCGUGGGUGGAUCUGGAGAGCGGGCCGGACGGCAAGCCGGCGCCGGACAUGCUGACGGCGGAGCGGCGCGUGUUUGCCGGGCUGGGCCUGCAGUGGAGACCGCCGGAAGAACGGUGUACGGGGUAACUAACUCGUGCACACUAUGUCGGCAAAUAAGUAAGCUUAAAAUGCUCCUUGGAAACCAAUGGAGGAGGGGUAUUUUCCUUCGUUCUUUACCUAAGGUAGCUGUCUCUGUUGCCCAUUCCUGAUCCAUCCUUCGAUGGUGUCAUCGUAGGCCACAUAGCGUGCUGCCUGAUGGUUGGCUGGCCGGUAAUAGUGCAAGAAAAUGCCCCCAGCCGGUUUGCGGCGCACCCAAUA